AUGUCGACCCCUAGUGGACCUGAACGCCGCCCGCCAUAUCACGAGCACCUAUACGACAUCUAUAGGAAUAAGUUACUGCAUGGCAAUGGCCCUGUCACGACUACAGACCCCAAUGGGCUUGAAGAACAGGCAAAGAAGGCCAUGUCGCCGGAGGGCUUCAACUACGUCUCCGGGGGCGCUGGCGAAGGCUCGACCAUGGAUGCCAACAGGCUUGCCUUUCGGCAGUGGAAACUUAUCCCCCGGAUGAUGAGACCUACCCUCCCGAGAGAUCUCCGGGUCGAUCUCUUUGGCAAGACUUAUGAGAGCCCGUUUAUCAUGGCGCCCGUUGGCGUGCAGAGCGCCUAUCACGAGGAUAAAGAAACGGGCCUCGCCGCCGCCUGUGCAGAGUUGAGCGUCCCCUUCACCAUCAGCACUGCCAGUACCAGCACAAUCGAAGAGAUUGCCGCCGCUGUAGGCCCCGAGACGCCGCACUGGUUCCAGUUGUAUUGGCCACGCGACGACGACAUCACGGCAUCGCUACUGCGACGGGCGCGAGAUGCCGGCUGUUCUGUCCUGGUUGUGACGCUCGACACCUUCACCAUGGCAUGGCGCCCGCGCGAUCUGGACAUCGGCUUCCUCCCCUUCCCGCUUGGACAGGGCAAUGCCAUCGGCUUCUCGGACCCGGUGUUCAGGCAAAAGUUCGCUGAGCGCACCGGAGGCGGUACGCCUGAGGACAAGGUACUGGAAGCCUCCCAGCAGUGGAUCGCCGAUGUCUUCUCGGGCCAGGCACACCCGUGGGAGGACCUGGCGCUUCUACGAAAACACUGGGAUGGUCCUAUUGUACUCAAGGGCAUCAUGAGCCCUGAUGACGCCAGGUUGGCGCUCAAGUUUGGCAUGGACGGCAUCGUAGUUAGUAACCACGGGGGCAGGCAGCUAGACGGUGCCAUGGCGUCGCUCGAGAUGCUGCCGGAAAUUGUCGAGGCGGUCGGCGAUAAGAUGACGGUGCUGUUCGACUCGGGCAUCCGGACAGGUGCGGAUGCCAUGAAGGCACUCUGUCUAGGGGCCAAGGCCGUGCUGGUCGGUCGCCCUGUGAUAUAUGGCCUGGGCAUCGCGGGUACUAAGGGGGCCAAACAUGUGCUGGGCGGCAUUUUGGCUGACUUUGACCAGUCGAUGGGACUGGCCGGGGUGAAGACGGUCCAGGAGCUGGAUGAGAAGAUGGUGAGGAGGGUUGGCUACGGUGGCGAUGUCAAGUCCUCGCUAUAA